GAGUGAGUUGUGGCUCUUACGAUUCUGAAGAUCCGGUUGGAUUGGAAUGGUACAAUUUAAAAUUACACACAGACGAUAUCCGAGAAUUUAUUUGUAUCUAUUAAAAAUGGUGAUUCGAGGGAGUUUGAGAAAAUUGUGAUAUCGGUAUUGAUUGAUCGUAAUUCUCCGAGGGGAAAUUGGACUGGGGGAAAGAGUGAGUUGGCAGACCCUGGAGGAGAAAAUUGACCUACGUUUUUUUGUGAGUGAGUCGAGUGGAAAAAGGGAGAUUUUUUGUUACAUAAAAGUCAAGAGCCGUAUUUUAAACAGUAUUUCCAAAUCAAAGGGCGUUCAGUCGACUUCCGUUUGGUUCGAUCGUUCGUAAAGAAGCGAAGAGAUGGAUGAGGAAUAUGACGCUAUCGUUUUGGGCACUGGCCUCAAAGAAUGCAUAUUGAGCGGAAUGCUGUCCGUCUCCGGUAAGAAAGUGUUGCAUGUAGAUAGAAAUCAGUAUUACGGAGGUGACUGCGCUUCGAUAACGCCUUUGGAGGAGUUAUUUUCGAGGUACGGAGUCCCCGGCCCGGACGAUUCGUACGGGCGUGGAAGGGACUGGAACGUAGAUCUGAUACCGAAAUUCCUGAUGGCCAACGGGCUGUUGGUCAAGUUGUUGAUUCAUACAGGAGUGACGAGGUAUCUCGAGUUCAAGUCCGUUGAAGGCAGCUACGUGUACAAGGGUGGUAAAAUAUCUAAAGUGCCGGUGGACCAACGUGAAGCUCUGGCAUCGGAUUUGAUGGGCAUGUUUGAGAAGAGACGGUUUAGAAAUUUCCUGGUCUACGUCCAGGACUUGAAAGAAGACGAUCCCAAGACUUGGAAGGAUUUCGACCCGCAUACAUCCACGACCCUGCAAUUGUAUUCUAAAUUCAGCCUCGAGAAGAACACUCAAGAUAUAACCGGCCACGCUUUAGCCCUCUACAGGGAUGACGAGUAUUUCAAUGACCCUGCCAUUAACACUAUUAGGAGGAUUAAACUUUACAGCGAUUCACUAGCCCGCUAUGGCAAGUCCCCUUAUCUCUACCCGAUGUAUGGUCUCGGCGAGCUUCCUCAAGGCUUUGCACGUCUCUCUGCUAUAUAUGGAGGGACAUACAUGCUCGACAAACCGGUCGACGAGAUUGUUCUCGAGAAUGGAGUUGCUGUAGGUAUCAGAUCGGGCUCAGAGGUGGCCAAAUGUAAACAGGUAUAUUGUGACCCUUCAUAUGUCAAAGACAGGGUCAAAAAGACGGGACAAGUCAUACGUUGCAUCUGUCUCAUGGAUCAUCCGAUCCCGAACACCAAAGAUGCGCUUUCGACUCAGAUCAUAAUUCCACAGAAGCAGGUCAACCGGAAGUCCGAUAUCUACGUCUCUCAAGUAUCUUAUACACACCAGGUUGCUGCGAAGGGUUGGUUCAUCGCCAUGGUGUCGACAACCGUGGAGACUGAUAACCCCGAAGCUGAAAUAAAACCAGGCCUCAGCCUUCUUGGGCCGAUCACAGAAAAAUUUGUCUCGAUAUCUGAUUAUUAUGAACCAACCGACGAUGGUAAAGAAUCACAAAUAUUCAUUUCGCAGUCAUACGAUGCCACGACUCAUUUUGAAACUACAUGCCUUGAUGUUCUUGACAUCUUCAAGAGAGGAACAGGAGAAGAUUUUGACUUCUCUAAAGUUAAGCACGAACUCGGUGAUGAAGAGCAGUAAUUUUUUUUUAUAUUUACAAUAGGAAUGGUAAAGAAAAUCGACCAGACAGCUCAAAGUAUCUUUCAUUUCACUUUUGCGAUUGUGAGUAAGAAAAAGGAUGUACCACAGAGAAAACCCGUAAACCAUGUUUGGAUUAUCUGUCGAAAUAAAAUCUUUGGCCUAAUUACAGGAAUCAAUAGAACAUCUUAUCAAUGCUUGAAAUCAAUCAGACUUUUAUAUCAAGAAAACCAAAAAUGACUGAUAAUCUAAAACAUUAUUUAAUCUUUUUUUUUCUUCCAAACUACUAUUUACUAGAUUCAUUUUUAUGUAUAGGGGAAGAAAGCUUUGAUUUGGGUUGAAGGUUUAAGGCGCUUAUAUAUACCAUAUAUUACAUAUAAGUUUAUAUAUUUAUAAAACUUAUAUGUAAUAUAUAUAUUAUAUAUAUUACAUAUAUUUAUAAAAACUAAAUAUUUUCCAUAAUUGUAAUAGAAAAUUUAAUUAUAAAUAUACCAAUUCAAAUUAUAGAUAUUUUAAUUUUUAUUAUAUAAAGUAAUAAUAUUAAUCACAUUAUUAAUCAUUGGUGUUAUAGUGAUAAAAUAUCACACAAAACAUCAUAAGUUGUUAAAUUAACAAAGAAAAUGAUGAAACCAUAAAUUGCAUAAUUGCUCUAUUUGUGAUUUACUUUAAGCUUUUAAUAAUUAUUUUGUCAUAUAUAUAUAUUGUUGUUUUAAUUAACAUAUCAUUCUUAUUCAGUUAUUAUAACAUAUUUAUUUUCCAAAUGGAUUCUGGAAAUUGUAUUUGUAAGAAUGAGGAAACAAACCGAUCAUUCCGAUUUUGUGUGUAUCUGGUAUAUAUUUUUGUUCUUUUUUUGAAAGUUACAUUCUUUAAUCAAUUAACCAGAAAAUACAAAUUUGAGAUUAUAUAAUUUAAAAAAUGUCAUUUUUGGAAUUUCAUUUCAGUGUUAUUUGCUAAGAACUUUUAGUUUACAAGAGGAAGCCAAAUAUUUCAAUGAAAAGGCAAAGAAUUAACGUAAUCAGCAGCAUAUACAAGCAACCACCUUUUGACAUGAGAUUAUGUUAUAAACCUUUUAAGUUUUGUCAUCAUGGUGGUGGAAAAUUGCUUUUAGCUUCAAGCACUUACUUUUGUAUUUACAUAUAUUAAUAGAAAUGUUUACUUUUAUGUACAAUGUGAAAGAGUAAAAGAUAAUUGUUUUCCGAUUUUUGAAAGAGAAAGACAAAAAUUAUGUAGUAGUCUUAAUCAUCAGAGUAUAUGCUAGACUUAAAUCUUACUUUUAUUUUGUCAAGCUUCUUAAGCUUUAAAUUUUCGUAUUCUUUGAAAAUCUCGGUAAAUGUGUCAAAAACAAAAUUAAAAUAUAUUGCAAAACUAGCACUCUUGAAUUAUGUAAAGGAAAUUAUUAUUUUUUUAUUAUUGUUACAAAAUGUUACAAUAUUAGUGAAAACAACUUUUGGAUAUUGUGAUGUUCUUGCUUUACUUUCUUAGUUUCAUUAAAAUACAUACAACUGAUUUAAUUUGUCA